AAACAGAGAGAGAGAGAGUGAGUGGGAAGGCUUGGAUGUGAUCAUCAUCAUCAUCCGUUACUUUCGAGCGACAGGCCCAAUCCGUCCAGGAGGCUGCGGUGUGUUCCGGGACCAGGAAAGGGACCAAGCCAGGUUGGUGCUGUGGUUCUGUCCGGAGCGGAGUACACAUUGAUCCCUGCUCCACCGACAACUUGACUCAGAUCUGGGUCACACUUCACUGUCACCAUGGGCUCCUCCACCACAUCUGCCGCUCUGUUGUGUCUGCUUGCGGGGGCCGUGGCAGCCAUCCAGACCCCCCAGACAGUGUUUUUGGAUAAGCAGCAAGCGAGCUUGGUGAUCUCCCGUCAGAGGAGGGCCGUCGGUGGCAGUAACCCUGCCUCCAGCCUGGAGCAGGCUUGCAUGGAGAAGGUGUGCAGCUACGAGGAGGCCAGAAGGUUCUUCCAGGACUCGUAUCGUACGGAUAUCUUCUGGUCCGUCUACAUUGACGGAGACCAGUGUGCAGGGAGCCCUUGCAAGAAUGGAGCCCUGUGUUCAGACAGCGUGGGAGGUUAUGACUGUGUCUGCAAGUCAGGUUUCACAGGGGUCCACUGUGAAAAAGACGAGACGCUGUGCACCCUGGAAAAGAACAAGGGCUGCUCCCAGUUCUGUAAACCAGGCUACACUUCCUACCAGUGUUCCUGCGCCCGUGGUUGGAAGCUCAGCCAGACGAACAGGGAUAGGUGUGAGCCUGCAGUCAGAUUCCCCUGUGGUAAGGUGAGCAGUCUGAGUCGGUGGGAUGACAGACAGUCCAGCAACACCCGCAGCAACUUUGAGGGACUAAGCUGUACUUCUGCAGAGUGUCCCUGGCAGGCUCUACUGAAGGGCUCUGAGUCAACUGGAUUCUGCAGCGGAGUCAUUCUGAAGGAGAAUCUGGUCUUGACUUCAGCUCAUUGCGCCAACAAAUACAGGUCAUUCCAGGUGGCGGUCGGAAAGCGCAGCACCGUCUAUGAAGAUGGAGAGCAGACACUGUACAUGAAAAUAAUCCACAUCCACCCGCGCUAUGUGGAGGGUCGUCCUGAAAAUGACUUGGCCGUGGUUGAGCUCCGCGACCGCAUCACCUUUAAGAGAGAGGUGGUUGCUGCCUGUCUCCCAGACAGAGACUUUGCAGAGAGCAUCCUGAUGACAGGAGAGUUACCCGCCGUGGUCACGGGCUGGAAAGAACCCAAACAGGUAUCAGCUUUCGAAGGCCCGCUCACCCUUAACCACCUGGUGUACAACCAGCUGCCUCAGUGUCUGGAGUCUCACCCCAACCUGAUAACCAAUAAAAUGGGCUGCACUGCUCCUCGGACCAAUGCCGACUGCACCAUGAGCUCCGGCAGCCCCUUGCUCACCCUGUACAGGGAGGUGUUCUACCUCACUGGGGUGGUGAGCCAGCCACAAGGGUCUGACUGUAGCAAAGGCUACAUCUUCCAAAAAGUGUCACGCCACCUCGGCUGGCUGCAGUCGCUCAUGGGCUCCCGUUAGAGGGAGUAGUCAGGGAGAACAUGAAAGCUACAAAUUUAAAGUAAUGCAGGUAUAUAAUAUAUAUGUAAGAAAUCACAUCAGUGUUUCCAUGUGUGCACUUCUAGCUCAGUCUUUAGUUUUGCCAUUCUGUCUUUUAAUAAUACCCAUCUCCGAAUGGAAAAACUAUCCUAACAACAUAUAGUCUAAGUCCAGGUGAUUGCUUUCCAUUUCUCUCUAUGGACUUCCUCAUUUAACCACAAGGUGGCUCUCUGUUAACAUAAACAGAGAAGCACUUACUGUAUGUAUCCACCAACCAUAUGGCCAAGAGAUGAAGUGAAUUAUUCAGCAUGUGUUUUGUGAUGUGGACAGACCUUUUAAUAACCUUUGAGUGAUGUUAUUUUAGUGACUACUGCACAUUGUAACAUUCCAGGUAAUCACUGUUCUAUGAAUGUAAUAAACCCCAACAUCACACCGGA